AUGGUUCAGUCCCUCAAUCUCGCCGCGGUGCGCACCACCGCCCGGGUCAUCCUCCGCGAGCCGGCUCUCGCGCUGCCGCACCAGCGGGUCCGCGACAUCAGCGAGCUUGACUUUGCGGAGCUGCGCGAGGCGGGCUGCCACGGCGUCAUCUUCGACAAGGACAACACGCUGACUGCGCCCUACUCCGACGAGGUGCACCCGCGCCUGGCGGGCUCGCUGCGGAGGUGCGUCGAGACCUUCGGCGCCGAGCGCGUGGCGGUGCUGAGCAACUCUGCUGGGACGCCAGACGACCCCGGCGGUGUCGCUGCGGACGCGCUGGAGGCGGCGCUUGGCGUGCACGUGCUGCGACGGCGGCACAAGAAGCCGCGCGGGAUCGAGAGCGUGCAGCGUCACUUCCAGUGUGACGGCACGGCGCUGCUCAUGGUGGGCGACCGCUACCUGACCGACGUCGUCUUUGGAAACAUGCACGGCAUGCUGACGGUGCACACGCAGCAGCUCACGACGGAAGGCGACAACCGCGUCGCCCAGGCAAUGCGCCGGGCCGAAGACUGGCUCGUGGCGCGAUACGUGCGUCGCGGAGUGCGCGCUCCACCGCACCCGCUCGCCCUGAACUCGUGGGGGCCAGGCGGGGCGCGCGGACGCAGCUGA